AAGGAUUUAGCAUGCUAUGGGUAGAUCAAAGAAGGUAGCUAACGGUGAAAUUACUAAUGAGAAGAUCCUGGGAAAGCUUCCAAAGUCCAGCCAAAUCAAGUCCAAUUUGGCAAACCUGGACUUUGAAGAGGACACAAUUGAUGGGAUCAGUAUAUUGUCAUUUAAAGCCUACGAUGAUCUAAAGGAGUACUACCCUACUGAUAAGAUACAGCCUGCCCAGAGCCUGGACCAGCCUAAGAGAACUAAUGCUACCAAGAGGAAGAAGUGUGCUGAUAAGGCUGACAAGAAUAAGACUCGACAAGUUAAGAAGAGGCCAGUAAUAAAACAGCAGGGUGCUAGCAACUUGCCUCAGUUUGAUAAGAGUGAGAGUGAACCAGAGGAAGACCAGAAGAACCUACUGAUCAAGACGGAGGAAAGUCCCCCACCCUCUCCUCUGCCUGACAUUCCUCAGAUAACGGCUAAUGACGUCACACCCACUGCUCCCACUCCCUCUACACCAACCAUCAAGUCUGAGGGAUGCAGCACGAGCAGUGUCGGGGUAACCGUGACCACCCCGACCACCCCUCAUCCCUCCACCCCUCUCCCCUCCACCCCUCUACCUACCACCUGUGGGUCCGGCAGCCCUAUCUACCAGCCUUCCUCCCAACACCUGCCUAUACCAGUUGGCAAGGUGCCAGUACCUACUGGCUCACUGGCCAGCAGACUACCCACCCCUCCCUCCGCCGGUGCUACUUUCUAUCACGGUCUACAGAGACAACACCCAGUAGCAGGUAGUCACCCCGGUCUCUCCUUCUCUCUUCCUCUCUCUCAAGAAAGCAGCACUCAACAACAACAGCAACAACAACAACAACAACAGCAACAACAACAACAUCAACAGCAUCAACAACAACAACAACAACAGCAACAACAUCAACAACAACUCAGUGCUGCUGAACUGGAAAUGAAACUGAGCGCAGCCAAAUACGAUCCGAGAUCUUAUCUUUUACCCAACGGCAGAUUCCCUCACGAGUUGUCACGGUACCGUGCAGCAGAGUACGAGAAGUACCUGGCAGCAGCACGACUACACCAACAAGCAGGCACUAGGCCCCUCUACCCACCCUCAGCCACUCCGCGCCCACCUGUACCUUCCACUCCAACUCCUGGCAAUCAUUCCCUCCUAGCGUCUCGUGGUGAGCACCCUGCAGCCGCCGCAGCAGCUAGCUCUAUUGGCAGUAGUGGAGGCACCGCUAUACACAGACAACUGAACUCCAUGUAUAAACCAUCGGUUAGAGUACCCGCCCCAAAGAUAGGUGGGGGUCCUACUUCUUCUUCUGCAUUUAAAAGGUUAACAGAAAAGAAGUGGAACAGUAUACAUGUUUACAUAGCCAGGCUGAUCUACAAAAAACAGCAAGAGGCUAGAGACGCAUUGAACGGGGCUAGUGCUACCGGUGGCGAGAGUUCUGCUGCCAGAGCUUUCCUGUCCAGUGGGAAACGGGAAGUUACGAGAGAAUACCCCUCAUUCGCUGCAGGACUCCACAACUUACCUCCUACUCCAGCCUCUCCUUUCCCUCAUGCCACCAAUAACCCCUUCAACGCAGCCAGCAAGGUUCAUCAGUCACAUCAUCCUAUGGGGGUUAGGGGAAUGUCAACAUUACAUGGACUCGGUAACAGGUUCCCACCUCCCUCAAUACGUGCGCCUUACUCGGGUCUGGCUGCAGCAAGUCUGUAUGGCCACCCUGGCUACGACCCUCUCCGCCACUCUCUAUCUAACUACACUGGUGAACAACUAAGUCGGAUAGAUCAGGAGCGACUGCAUCAGCACAUUGCGUCUAUGCGUUCCUCCGAGCUGUUAUCCCGAACAAUGUAUGAGAACUCAUUGCGGCAGCACCAAGCGGCAGCAGCGCACCGCGAGCAUGAGAUGCAGCAAGCGAUGUCACGAGAAAUGCUACUCCACCUGGAAGAACAGAGGAGGAAGCUUCUCCAGUCUGACCCUCAGAAGCUGCUUCCACCCUCCAGCCUCCCCGCUAAUAUUCCCGACAUCUACAUGCGGCCUCAGCACUUACAGGCCCACCUCAAAUACCCGGGCCCCGGUUCUUCAUCUCACGGACUGGGAACAUUCCCGAACUUGUUCAACCGAUCCAUAGACCCACGCGCUAGAUUCAGCCAUCUUAUACCGCCCAAGGGACCAGAAUAGCUAGUCAUCUUCUCUGUUUCUUUUAUUUGAUCUUUUUUAUUAAUUUAUACAUAUUCGUUUUUAUGUGCACCAUUUAAAGACAUGCACUGUUGCCAUGGUUACCAUGCACUUGCCAUCUUCUAGUUAGUACCACCCUUCGACACGAGUAUUAAAUACCGAUUUGUGCGGUUCAUAUAUUAAAUAUACAAACUCGUGUCCGGUUUAAAAAGCUCUCUUCAAAGAAAUCUUAUAAAAGGCUGGUUUUAAAGUUGUCUGGCACAACAUAUGGCAGGUCCAUUUCAGUCAGUGAUUACCCAGGUAACCAGUGUUACCAUGGUAACCAGUAUUACUAAGGUAAUCCGUGUUACCAUGUUAAUCCGUGUUCACAACCUAGUAUUACUGAGUUAACUAGUGUUACAAGUGGUAACAAGUGUAUCAUUGAAAGUAACCAGUGCUGCCAAGGUAAUUACCUCAGAACCAUUAUUACCUGUUAAAGUAACUAGUGUUACAAAGGUAACUAGCGUUACCUAGGUAACCCGUAUUACCUUUAUGAGUAACCAGUGAUACAAAUAUAUCCAGUAUUACCUCUGUCAGUAUUGAGUAAUAAGAGUUAGCUAAGUGACAGUAGUUUGGGUCAUGUAUAGGUGUUGAGCUGAUUUACUCUGUGAAAUUAAUAUCGUUACCUUGGCACGCAUUGUUGCCAUGGUUACAUAAGCCAACUUUACUCCCUCUAACGAUCCUCCACCGUUCUCGUGGGUAUGAAAAUGCAGCUGUAAAUGUUACGAUUUUUUGUUAUAAUAUUUUGAUGCCUAGUUUGCGUUUGUUGUAGUGUAUAUAGCUACAUUGGUUGCCAUGGUUACACCUGUUAUCAUGGUUCACUAGUGUUCUGCCGGGUGUAUAUUUCAAAGUCUAAUUUUUAUUCAAGUUUGAGGAGACUGUGAUUAUAUGUAUUUGUUAAAACAACCUAUCCAGAGUUUGAUUUGAAAUCAAUGUUCCCAACCUUUACAAGAGGGGACAGAAUAAUACACCCACCCCCUUCCUAUUUGAGCUGUUCAGUAAAUUCCUCUCAUUAUUUUAUGAGAAGUUAUUUUUGAGUCGAAUGCACUAGACGUUGAACCUCAAAUUUUGAUGAAGGUCCUAACCUCAAUUUCGUUCUUGUUAUUCCACCUUCCUUAAGUCAAACUUACCCCAAUCCUCUUAAUUGACUACCCCCUCCUUCCUCUAAUAGCUGGUACUUUGUCCCCGGAGUGGCGGGACCCUCAAGAGAAGUUUUGGAACAUUGCAGAUAUAUCCAGAGUUUGUACGGGAUCUUAUUAGAAUCCUGUACUACUUCAAUUACUUACUUCUAUUGUCUAUACCUUUAAGGAAUUACAAAUUGAAACGAACUUUUUACCAGUAACCUUAUUUCUUUGCAAUAACCCCUUGCAUAUUUCAAUAGUUUAAGAUCUCAUGAAAUGCAAUAUCAUGCCACCUCCUAAUGAUUUCUAAUAUAAGCAAGCGGAAUUAUAUAGUAACUAUUUGUUUUGAUGGAUUACAGACACUAUUUUAAGACUUGUA